CACCACCACAAACUGACCACGGUACAGCGCAUCCAUACAAAACCCAAUGCUGCUCUCUCCCUCGUUUAUCCAACUUAUCACUUCACCUCUUCCCAAACAUGAUCUUACGUGGCACUAUCUCCGCUCCCCUCCCCUGUCUCCGCCUCAGAAGCACCGGCGCCGCUCCCACUCCCCCGCAAAGCCUCACCCCGUCGCGCCGCUCCCUAACUACCAACCAAUACUCAAUCUCCGACCAAGACCUCGACACCCGGGGCUUCAACCUCCACCGCACGAUCGCGGAGCUCAACCUGGACCACCUCAACAAGGUGUUCGUGGCCGUCGGGUUUCCGAAGCGGGACCCGGACAAGAUCCGGACGGCGCUGGAGCACACGGACUCGCUGCUGUGGAUGGAGUACAGGAAGACGAAGCGGCCGGUGGCGUUCGCGAGGGCGACGGGAGACGGCGUGUUCAACGCGAUCAUAUGGGACGUGGUGGUGGACCCGUCGUUUCAGGGGCUGGGGCUGGGGAAGGCGGUGAUGGAGAGGUUGAUAGAGGAGCUGGUAGGGAAAGGGAUAUGUAAUAUUGCUUUGUAUUCGGAACCCAGGGUUCUCGGGUUUUACAGGCCGUUGGGUUUUGUGGCGGAUCCGGAUGGGAUCCGGGGAAUGGUGUAUUCAAGAAAGCCCAAAAGAAGAACAUGACAAACUCGUAAUUUCACAUUAAUCAAUGAGUUUUGCUUCAUAAUCCA